UGCUCCCGUGGUCUCUGCCUCUGCUGAGCCCUGUUCCUUCCCGUGCCGACCGGCGGCGCCGACGCGAGGUCCUCCCCUCGCGCCUUUCCUUGUCGGAUUCAAAUCGAAAAACUAAUUGGCCUCAAGAUAAAUUGAGCCACAGAGAGAGAUAGAGGCGACACUGAUUUUGCAGGUAUGUCGAUUGCUUUGAUGGCUAAAAGAAAGGGCUCGCCCUGUCAAAAAGAAGAUCAUUUUGAAGGCACCAAAAGAGUGAAGUCUUCAGUGCCGGACCUUCCACAGGAGAUCUGGCAUGAUAUACAUUCCCUACUGCCACUGCGAGAUGCUGCCCGUGCUGGCUGCGUGUCUCACGCAUUUCUUGAUUCCUGGAGGUGGCAUCCCACCCUCACCCUGAAUCCGAAAACACUUGGCCUUAGUGGACAGAAUUUCAUCAACAAGGUUGACCAAAUUAUGAAAAAACACUCUGGCAUCGGCAUCGGCAUCAAAUCAUUCAAGCUACACCACUACGGUUCUCGUAUCCACGCCAGUAAACUCAACAAUUGGCUCCGGAUUGCUGUUACUCCAGAGAUUCAUGAACUCAAGCUUUCACUGCCUACAGUAGGAAAGGCACAGCUCUACAACUUCCCGUGCCCACUUUUAUUUGCUGGAAGUGCAGGAAACAGGAUUCGGGAUCUUCAACUAGCCAAUUGUGCAUUCCAUCCCGUGGCAGGACUUGGCUGCCUGACAAGGCUGUAUCUGUCAAAUGUCCACAUUACGGGGGAUGAGUUAAGGUGCCUUCUUUCCAAUUCUUUUGUAUUAGAGGAGCUGAGUCUCAAUCAUUGCAGUGAGAUAAUGCGUCUCAAGAUACCUUGCCUGCUACACCGGUUCACCAAUCUGACGGUGUUUGAUUGCCGUGCACUAGAAAUUAUAGAGAAUGAAGCUCCGAAUCUCUGCACUGUUCUUAUUGAUACUGACAUAGUGCACAAGUCGAUUGGGUAUUCAUUGCAAGUGAAACACCUGGAAAUGUUCUGUGCUGUUGAGUUUAACCUUGUUCAUCAUGUCCGUGCCAAACUUCCAGCAAGUAUGCCAAAUCUUGAGACGCUCAGCAUUUCUUCGGCUGGUGAGAUGUUCAGUACACCAUCCGUACCAGGAAAAUUUCUCCUCCUCAAGCACUUGGACAUUUGUCUUGAAGUUGCAAUUGGAGCCUUUUCGCCAGACUAUGAUUAUUUCUCUUUAGCUUUUUUUCUGGAUGCCUGUCCUAUCUUGGAGAAUUUCAACUUAGAUGUUAUACAGACUCGCAUGAGGCAUGAUUCGAUUUUUGAAGAUUCCUCGCAACUGAGGCAGAUGGUAGGACAUCGCCAUGACAACAUCAAGACUGUGAAGAUCACUGGCUUUUGCUCUGCAAAGAGCAUGGUCGAGCUAACCUGCCAUAUUGUUGAGAAUGCAACAUCACUGGAGUGCCUUACAUUGGACACUAUAGCUGAAAACGGUUUAUCAGACGAUGUUAGGCUUUCUAUGCAUGAAAUCGGUGAAUGCCCCCCAAUAUGCAGGCAUAUGAUUGGGGAAGCGCAAAGAGCACUAUUGGCCAUGGAAAGAUACAUCGUGGGGAAGGUUCCCUCCACAGUCAAGUUGAAUAUUAAGAAACCGUGCAGCUGGUGCCAUGCUAGAUAGAUGUCUACCCUUUACCAUGCAAUUACAUUACAUGUUUUAAUGUUCCGGUGAUACCUUAAAUGGUAAAACCGCAAAAUGCGUAUGGGGUGAACUGCAAACUAGUCUUGCGC